GAAAAUAUGCUUCAGAUAUGAUUCCGUUUUGUGUGCAACAUCUGCAUGACUGUGUGCAUGUGCAUCACCAGAGGGCGCGUGCACUGGACGUGAGGACUGCUGUACUGAUCCUCCACAAUAACACGGAUGUAUCAGUACCAUUGAACUCGAGUAGACAAUAGACCGUAGAUUUUGCAGAAACCAACACAUGGAUGUUUCCGUCUGAAUGCAGAGCUCGUGUUGCGUGCUAAUCACAUGCAUGUGUGUUCCUCGCGCAGACCGAGUGCUUCUGCAAUACACGGGAAGACCAGGAAACCCAAAGGAGUCCCUACAGGAUUUGUGUCCAACACGAAACGCCUUGUGUAAGACCACAAAAGGAUAAAUGUAAAAAAAACUGUCCUGCUAGCGCUCCUCUGUAAUGGUAGUUAACAAUGACCAACUUCAGACCUUAAAAUUAAAAGGGCGCAUUAUUGUGCCAUCCCAAAGAGGCACGAAAUCGCUUUCACGGACUUUUACAUUAAAUGUUCCCUCCUGGUGGAUCCGAGCAGCUAAGUCCUUAUCCAUCUUCAUAAAUCGGCUAAAAACACAUCUCUUCCAUCUUUAUUUGACCCUCUAACUCUAGCACUCUCUAUUCUAGUUCUAUUCUUUUCAUUUACUAACUGCUUGUUUUCUUUUUUUAUUUAUUAUACAAUUAACAAAAAACAAAAAAGGCCUCUAACACUAGCUUGCUUUAUUCUUUUUCUAUUCUUUCUGUUUUCUUUUUAUUUAUUAUAUGUGACCCUGGACCACAAAACCAGUCUUAAGUGUCAAUUUUUUCGAAAUUGAGAUUUAUACAUCAACUGAAAGCUGAAUAAAUAAGCUUUCCAUUGAUGUAUGGUUUGUUAGGAUCGGACAAUAUUUGGCUGAGAUACAACUAUUUGAAUAUUUGGAAUCUGAGGGUGCAAAAAUAUUAAAAUAUUGAGAAAAUUGCCUUUAAAGUUGUCCAAAUGAAGUCCUUAGCAAUGCAUAUUACUAAUCAAAAAUGAAGUUUUGAUAUAUUUACGGUAAGAAAUUUACAAAAUAUCUUCAUGGAACAUGAUCUUUACUUAAUAUCCUUAUGAUUUUUGGCAUUAAAAAAAAAUCAAUAAUUUUGACCCAUACAAUGUAUUUUUGGCUAUUGCUACAAAUACACCCCAGCGACUUAAGACUGGUUUUGUCGUCCAGGGUCACAUAUAAUUGCUAUGUGUACUGUGUUAGGCUAAUUGAGACUUGUCAUAGCACUUGCAUAUCAUUGCUCUUUUGUUGAUUUUGAUUGCUUCCAUUAUCCUUAUUUGUAAGUCGCUUUGGAUACAAGUGUCUGCUAAAUGACUAAAUGUAAAAUAAGAUUCAAAACUCACAGAAUGAUCACAUAUGACUUGUGCCAUUGUGUGGUUAUUUUGCAAUAAAUGUAAAAAUGAAAACUAACCUAAUGAGAAAUGUACUUGUAAUUCAUUGAAAAUUACUUACAUUGAUAAACAGUGUUGGGGAAAGUUACUUUUAAAAAGUAAUGCAUUACAAUACUCCCUAAAAUGUUACUCCCUAAAAAUGUAACUAACUGCGUUAUUUAGAUACUUUAUAUAAAACGUGAAGUGUUACAUUACUUUUGAGUUACUUUUUAAAUCUGGGCAGGGCUUGCUUUUUGUUUUAAUAUAUAAAAGAUCUUCUUUUAUAAAUGUAAAAGCCCUUUCACAACAAAAAUGAAAUGAAAAUGCCUCCGGCUGAAGGAAAUGUAAAUUCAUGUCUGUACAUUAGAGGAUGCAGCUCGAGCAAAUUGCAUGAAGAAUAUGAUGCAGGAGAAGAAAGUUCAACACUAUUCAGCGAUAACAAAAAUGAAACAAAUGUGUCAUUUUUGCUUAUUAGUAUGGUUGAAUUGGAUCAUCGAAGGUCAGUAGCAAAGACAUUGGUUAAUAAAAUAGGUUUAAAUACAUAAAUGAUAUCUGUCUUGUAUAACAUUUAAUUCUAUAAUAGUCUGAGUUCGCAUUUGACUUUUUAUUUAUUUUGAGGAAUACUGAAUCUGUUUUUGUGCAGGUGAGAUGAAUAAAUGCAUGUUGACAUUUAGUCUAGAACUACAGUAACAUGUUCACAGCGCACACAACACCUCUGCACUUACACCCGAUUUCUCUCAACAAGAGCUGCAAGUCAAUACAUGGGAAAUAAAGUAACUUACUUAUUUGAAAAAGUAACUCCGAUAUUUCCCUCUAAAUUAAAGAGUAAAGCGUUACUUUAAUAGUUGCUUAGAAAAAGUAAUUUGUUUACAUAAUUGUAUUACUUGCAAUGCGUUACCCCCAACACUCUUGAUAAUGUAAAUAUAUAAAAUAGAAUUGUAUUGGUUUUUGAUAGUAUAAGCAAUGAUUAUUUGUUUAACCUGAAAUGUUACAACAUUUUUAAUUUUGGGGUGAACUGUUCCUUUAAUUUUUUUUUUAACUGUUCCUUUUAUUUUGUAUACAUUUUCAGUGUUAUUUUAUAACUCCACUGAAGGCCAGUCCAGAUGGCUUUCAUGUCCAGACUGUCCCGGUCACGGAGUAAUUCCAGAUCUCCCAGCAGAAAGGACUCGGAGAAAGGCUCUCCUGUACUAACUGUUGCUGAACUUGAGCGUCUGUUGUACACUGGGAAAACCGCCUGUAAUCAUGCAGAUGAAGUGUGGCCAAGACUCUACAUAGGUGACCAAGAAAUUGCCGCAAACCGCAAAGAACUGGUCAAGCUCGGGAUCACGCACAUCCUGAACUGUGCUCAGAGCAAAUGGAGAGGUGGUGCGGAGUAUUAUGCUGGCAUGAACAUCACGUAUCACGGCAUUGAAGCCCACGACUCGCCCUCUUUCGACAUGAGUGUCAACUUCUACCCAGCAGCCGAGUUCAUUCACAGAGCCCUUAGUACCAGAGGAACAGUUCUUGUGCAUUGUGCCAUCGGGCUGAGCAGAUCUGCUACGCUGGUUCUGGCCUACCUCAUGAUUCGUCAGAACAUGACGUUAGUGGAGGCCAUCAAGACCGUGAAGGACCACCGUGGCGUCACGCCAAACCGCGGUUUCCUACGGCAGCUCAGCGGUCUGGAUAGCAUACUGCGCGCCAGCCGCAAUGCAACAUAAAGCCACUGGUAGCAUCUGAAUUUCAACUGUUCUGGCCCAGGCCUUGACCUAAUGUGUUUGUAUUGCAGUAAAUGAGAGCAGAGUGUCUUUACAUACAGUGAGUUUAUUCCAGCUGUCCUCCUGCGGUCAGUAGAAAUGCCUUAUUACAUCAGGACCUCUAGAAAUGUGCGUAAUGCCUUAUUCACUGUUAAAUGUUCACAUCUGUUCAUGUGACUACCCACUGAAAUGUUGCUGUUGCUUGCUCUGAAUUAAUCACCACAGAGAAUGACACAAGUGUUUUAUUUAAAAGGGGCCAUUCACACAAAACACGUUUUUGUGUUUAAAAUGCAAGUUUAAUUAGAACAACACAAGGUGUAGACGAGUUUAGAACAGUCUGUCAUGUGCAUGACGCUGAAAAGAAUAGACAUGUCCAUUUUUACAGAGAAAAAUUAAGGCAAAGCAGCGCAGUGGAAUGCAAAAAACCCCCAAAAAACAUUGUGAAUGGCUCCGAGCCUGGUUUAUGCUCGCCGCAAAUUCACUUCGUUGUGCAUGACAAAAAUUAGGUCAUCGCACCACUGGCAUACAGUUCAAAAUUAAACUGGACAGGCAGAAUGUGCUAGGAUGAGAUUCUAAUGUGAUAUAGAUUUUCCAGACUAAUUAUUAGGCUAUUUUCUGGAAACAAAUAUGGAAAACAAAAACUUCUGCCAUCUUGAACAGAUUUUAAGCAAGCACCUGUUGCUUACUGCUCAUACUUAAGAUUUGAAGACAAAAUAUAACCACAUUAGUAUAAAAAAAAUUUGACCACCUGUCCACCUUAUUUUUCCUUUGGGCGCGGCCAUUUGUCAAGUUUAUGGGUCUGGCUUCCAGUUGCAUCGCAUCCAGCUUUUUUAGCUGUACAAAACAGCUUGUUUUGCUGCCUGAUAUUGCAAAUUGGUGUGUCUUAACAUAUGUGACCCUGGACCACAAAACCAGUCUUAAGUCGCUGGGGUAUAUUUGUAGCAAUAGCCAAAAAUACAUUGUAUGGGUCAAAAUUAUCGAUUUUUCUUUUAUGCCAAAAAUCAUUAGGAUAUUAAGUAAAGAUCAUGUUCCAUGAAGAUAUUUUGUAAAUUUCUUACCAUAAAUGUAUCAAAACUUAAUUUUUGAUUAGUAAUAUGCAUUGCUAAGAACUUCAUUUGGGCAACUUUAAAGGCGAUUUUCUCAAUAUUUAGAUUUUUUUUUUUGCACCCUCAGAUUCCAGAUUUUCAAAUAGUUGUAUCUCAGCCAAAUAUUGUCCGAUCCUAACAAACCAUACAUCAAUGGAAAGAUUAUUUAUUCAACUUUCGGAUGAUGUAUAAAUCUCAAUUCCGAAAAAUUGACACUUAAGACUGGUUUUGUCGUCCAGGGUCACAUAUUAUUUUAAUGUAUUAUCUUAAUUAUGAACAGACUGGUUUGUAGUGCACGUUGUUAUUCUUCUCGUUGUUUUCCUAUAGCGGAUAAUGAACCUGAAGUCUCGCCCUUACUUCCGCGUUGAAGAAGGUGGAUAACAAUAUUGAGUAGCGGAAUAGAAAAAUGCAACGUCCAGAAACACGUUUUUAAACGUUGACCUUAAUUUUUAGAAGCCCUUGUCACGCGACAGACUCCGCAAAAGGCGCAAGCGCAACGAUGGAAAAGCAGUGCAGUAGAAUGCAAAAACGUGUCACACAGAAUGCUUUUUUAAUGUUUAGAAAUGCCAGGUGUGGUGUAGUGGAAUAGGGGGGAAAUGCACGUUUCAUAGAAGUUUUAGUGCUGAUAUUUAGAACGCUGUCAUGUGCGAGAGACUCUGCAAACGCAGCCGUCAAAAAUAGCGCAUGUUUACAAAAAUGAAUGUAAAAGCAGCGCAUGUUUUUACAACCCGUGUCAUGCGCGAGAUGCUAUAAAACAGCGAUGGCAGCGGUCAAACACGUUUACACGCACACGUUUACAUAAUGCUACAGGAAAAACAGCACCAUGGAAUGCAAAAACGCGUUCUGUGUGAACAAUCCAUUAGCAACUGCCACAGACCCACAUCAAUCCCUUAAAAAAAUAUAGUGACCGCAUAGAAUUGGCUUUGCAACCACUCAGAGCACUUUAGUAACCACCUAGACAGCAAUGUCUUAGCAACUGCCAACAGCACCUAGAACAAUGUACCACAUAAUACUACCAUAUAGUGACCAUCCAGAACACUCUAACAUCACCCAAAUAUUUUGGUGACCAGGUUGUCACUGGAAGCACCGCUCUUAUAUCAUCCAGAAGAUGCAAUUUUUCACACAAAUUCAAAAAUUUCCUAUGAUGCAGUGUUAUAAUAUUAUGAAAAUGUAUGAUCCAUCGGUUUUGCAUUUCAAUUUAGAUAAUGUAGCUGGUCACAUUCAUUACAGUGAAUCAGAUCAUGUCAUAUGACACUGAGCUCUAGUGUACACCAGACUAUAUGCAAAUUGCAGUCAGUCUUGUUACACAUUAACUUAUCAUUGACUUGUGCUUUGUAUAAAUACUAAAGAUGUCAUGUGAAGUAUUCUACAUGUUUCAAGUUGUCUAUUUUAACUUGUUUUGUAAGGUAUUGUAAUAUAGAGUAGCUACUGUACAAGAAGUGUGGUCUUCUUGUACUUACAAAUCCAGCAAAUCCUCAAGUGCAGUACAAUGUACCGACUGUAGCUGUAUGAAUUGCAUUGUGCUAGUAUUAUUGUCAUUUCUGUACGUUUGUAUUAUUGGGGACAGCUGUUUAUUGUAUUUGUGUAUGUGUUCGUCGUCGUUACAUCUAACAAAUAUUCACUGCAACAGCUGGAGCUGAACUACUGCCGGGACUGCAAAUCCCUUCCACUUUAUGUGGAUCUAAACUACACACCAGUUUGUGUCUUAGGAACAAGUGUUGAUCGCUCAGAGAUUAAACUUGUUUUGGACCAAAUUUCUGAGUUUUGAGCGGGAGCAUGCAGCCGGAGACAAAAUUUUGAAACAUUGUUAUUUUAUUUAUAAUGUACGUGAAAUCUAAUAAACAUUAUUUCAUUUUCCAA